AUGCCUCGAAAUACUAGUGCUACGCCCGAUCGUUCCGGUCGGUGGAUCGUAUCUAAAUUUGGCGGCCCGGACGUCUUGAAAUGGGAUAUUUGGGAUCCGUAUACUGAGGAGUUACCAGCUGGCCAUGCUAUCGUGCGAGUCAUAACAGCCGGCAUUGCCGGAACUGACAAUCUCCAACGCGUGGGAGGUUAUCCUGACCCCCGUUGCUUGAAACCUGGAUUCACACUAGGGUACGACUUUGUCGGCGAAGUGGUUACUCUAGAUCCUUUAGCAUCGAAAGAAAAUCCCCUAUCUGUGGGAGAUCGAGUCAUGGCUAUGUUCGGAGUUGGUGCUUACGCAACUCAUAUUAUCUUACCCGCGGCCGAACUCAUUCGUAUUGACAGUGCGGAUGAUCCGAUCAAAGUUUCCACCCUCCCGCUCAAUUAUUCAACGGCCUUCGGGAUGUUGAAGCGGGCUGUGACUAACCUUGUCCCGGGAUCAAGUAUCUUGAUCGGCUCCGUGAGCGGAGGUGUUGGGACGGCAAUAGCGGAGCUGGUGCGAGCGUUUAAAAUGGACCUAAAGAUGAUUGGGACAUGUUCACCAUCGAAGUUCGAAUAUGUGAAAUCUCUAGGGGUAAUUCCGAUCGAUCGCCAUGCGCCUGACCUCGUAGACCAAGUCCGAGCCUUGACCGGUGGCGAAGGGGUAGACGUGGCAUAUGACUCGGUGGGGAGCGAAGAAAGCAUCCAAAGAAGCUACCAGGCGACAAAGAAGGAUAUCAGGCAAGUCAUAGUAAUUGGCGCCAUGUCAGAGAUUUCUACCGAUGGAUCCGGACUACGGCAAAACGAGCUCGACCCUAGAACCGUGGUUCAGCAGCGACUACACUCUAGAGUGAGGUUAUGGAGUGCUAUAGCCGACUACAAGGCGAUACAACAACAGGUCUGGCUCGAAGACUUGCAGGCAAUAUUGGGAAAGGUCCGGAGCGGGGAACUAUCGCCCACAAUCGCGAAGUUAUUUAGGCUCGGCGACGCUGUAAAAGCUCAUGAGUACCUUGUAUCAGGCACAAACGUGAAGGGUAAGAUGCUGUUUGUUGUGGAUGAAGAUCUGGCUACGCAGCACGGCUUGUAA